GACGAAAUGUGAUGAAAUUCGUUGCUCUAUUCGAUCACUCCAACGUAUCCUAUGGAAGUGUUAACAAUAACAAUCAUUUUUUCGUGAAUAUUUAGUAUUUUGGUGUAAAGUGGAUUAUUAACAUUCCUAUAACUUAUCAUAUUUGGGUGCUAGGACAGCAAAACGCCCACAAAUAAAAAUGGAUGAUGCUACUGUGAGUGACACUCCAGAAAUUCGGGAGAAUUUAUUGAACCAUGUUAUUUUAUCGCGUGAUCUUCCCCAAGAUAAGCCACCGCGAUUCAUUGAAUUGAAGCUAAUGACUCAUAUGGUCGAAACUGUUGAGAAUUUAGCGAAAUGUCUACCAAUUAAAACGGUCGAGUUCUGUAAAAGAUUGAAGACAAUUCAUCUCAAAUGCACACCAGAUGUUGUAUCGAAUGAGAUUAAUUCGUUGCAUCCAGGUGAUACAUUUGCCAUGUUCGUGCGUCGCCAGAAUACUACCUUCAUGGUUUAUAUGCUGCCAAAUGACGACAUCGACAUAAAAAAAUCGCAACAAGUAAUUUUAGCAACAUUUCCGGGCAAUUUCCAUCCAAGCGAAGUAUAUAAGGCUGAAAGCGAUAUGCAGUUUAGCUAUCCAAUGAAAGCAAUCAAAACAAAAUAUUCGCGCAUGUUGCGUUCAGAGGAGUUUGCACAACAGUUGUGCUUUUUGUUUGGGGAAUUGCCAAUUGAAACUAAAACUCGCAACUACGUAUCGGAAUGGUUACUUACGCUUCUAGCGGAUGUAAAAAGCACAACAGCUUCUGCAGAGGAAUUUCCAUUUAUUACGAAAAAGAUUCGAGACGAAGUUCGUGGUAAGGAGAAGAAAAACUACUUUCGUCGGUCUAGUUUUUAUAUGAGCGUAAAAGUCUUACUUCAACACAACCUCACGAUGCAACUGGGCCCCGAAUUGGGAAAAAUCUGCUACAAAAUUAUCAUGCUGAAAUUUUUAACUCGAAUGUGUGAGUUUUACAUGGAACCGAAAGGCAUGACUGUCAACAAUGAAUUAUUGUCCCAGAUGAUAGCUAAAAUGGGUCGUCGAAUCGAGAAGUUGUCGCAAAUGAAAGUAAAAAAAGGACAAAAGGUAGCAAAUGCAAUCAAUUUGUAUACUUCUAUCGUUGACGAAGCCACAGAGACCAUACAAAAAUUUCGUGGUGAAAUUAAUGGUCGAACUCUAUCAAUCCACCAAAUGGACGAGCAAAAAUCCCAAUUACCGCCAUUAAUUGACCUGAAAUUUGAUUCGGAUAUAUGCCAUAAAAUGCCAAAACUGCAACAAUAUGUGAGUAAAAGAAUGCAACAGGUGGCGAGAAAAGACAAUAAGUCGAAAUACAAAGUGCAAUCCUAUCGGCGAUACAACUUAAAACAGUGUCCAGGGAUUGAAACAAUUUCAAUGGUAAAAGAUGAGCUCGGUAACCGAAUUUAUUGAGUUGAAUUUGAAAAUGUGGUUUUAUAUGAAAUGAAUAUGAAUGAUGAUCGUUGGACAGCGAACGAACUGCGCACAUGGUUUUUUGGAUACGCUAAAUAUGCGGAUGAAAAAUACAAGGAAAAUCAAUUGCUCAUCAGCAAAAUGAUUUUGGUUCUCACUAAAAUGGUCUCCGUAUUAGACCGAAGUUGUAUAAGCGAAUAUCCGCUGCUUCAAGGGCAUCGCAGCGGAAUCAAUCCAAAUUGGGUUAAUUCGUUAUUGAUACCUCAACGUGCUGACAUGCAAAUUGCCUUUGAAUUAGAGGAAUACUUUCGUCGACGUAAUGAUUGUGCACGCCAUCCGGGAUUAACUGAAGAAGACACCAUUAGCGAAAAUUCAUUUUCAGUGAAAUUUGCGAUGCAAGAUUCAGGCAUGAAAAAAGUUCGGAAACGGAUUUUGAAAAUGAAUGAAUAUAACAUCGAGAAUAAACGAUUGGAAUUGGAACAAGGUCGUGCAAGAGUUGAGAAUCUCAGAGAGAGAGCCAAUCAAUUGGAACAUCACUAUUUCACGAAUCGAUGGGGAAAUUAUCGUCACAGCAACAGCAACUAUUGCACCAAAUGCAAUUUGAAAUUGCAGUCAGAUCGUGUGAAAAUGAGGGAAUAUGAGCAUUUGUUGCCAGAGGAAGAGUUUAAACAGUUUGCAAUUGUGUUUGAGUUCAACAUCCCAAAUAAAAUCGCUUGUUUAAGGGAUGUUCUGUAUGGAUUGACUAAAUUUUGUAGUAAAUCCAAUAUAAAUGCUCGAGAAUUGACAAUCAAUUGGGCAGCGCGUUCGGAACUAUCAGAGUUCAACAAGUCACAUUGUCAAAAUGAAUAUGUUAGCCUCGGCAGUACAUGGAAACAACAUUUGUCCGAACAUCAUGUAAGCUAUUCAUUUGAAGCAUUCAUCGUUAAAAAUACAUCAAAUUGCAUGUUAUUUGCUGAAAAUAAAAGUAUACCAACUUCACUACCAGAUAAUGCAAUCAAAACCGUGUGCACAUUCAAAACGCAAGACGAAUAUUUGGGUCUACAAUGGACAUUGAACAGUACAACGCACACACAGAAUCAAGUGCUGUCACGUCAAUUUGAAUGUCCACAUAACAUGUCAUUGUCCGAAUUCAAGAAUUUUGGCUCACUUCGUGCCGAUAGUCAUCGGUUGCAGUUACGGAAAUUGUAUGCUAUGAUUGAAACUGAAGCAUUGUCAUUUGAAAAGGAGUCGGUCUUAAUGCUUAUCAUGCAAACUCUGUGGGAAUGCGGAGUCAGUGGCGACGGUAAAUUCAUUCGAGAGUCUCAUGUUGAUUUCAACGAUGCAGAAUUUUGUACAACAAUGAUCGAACUCCUUACGAAAUUCAUCGAACAACAAAAAGAUAAUUGGGUGCAUCCAUUGAAAUUGGUUAUGGCCACUUUAAUCGCCAUUCGUGCUUUUGAAAUCAACGAUCACGAUUUAUUAGCGGAUGAAUAUGUGGAAUUGUUGGCGCACAUUCGGCGUAUUGCAUUAGAUUGGAUUGACAAAAUCGAAAAGACCAUAUCUGAUAUGCACAAUGUUGAUGAAAAAAAUGAACGCGAUCUACGUUUGAAACUAAUUUUUGUGGCAAUAGCCGGUAGUUUGACGUUUUUCGUUCAUCCAACGCAUAAAUUUUACGAAGGAAUUCUAAGAGAUAAUGAGAAUGGACUAUCAGCGGCUCAGUUGUGGUUGCAGUUUAUCAUUAGUUUGAAGAAUAAUAUUCAUCUCUAUGAAAAUAAUGAAGAUAAAUUGCCAUCAAAUCUACGUUUAUUCCUUCGAAUGAUUGAAACUAACGGUGUGUAUUUGGAACCAAAAAUAAAGGCUAUUAUACAUGCUGGAGAUGUAGAAAAGCUAAUUAAGAAACAAUGGAUGCGUGCUGAUACGGCAAAAUUCAUGCGAGCCUAUUUUUCAACUGAAUAUCCACAAAUUUUAGCUGCUGAAUACAUCGUCGACUACGGUUCACAGAUGCAUGUCUCACAGACCAUCACCAUUGACAUAAUCACCGGUGCAUUUUCUGUGGAAGGCCUACCGGUGUCACGUCUGCCAACUGACACUAUACAAAACGAACUUUAUCAGUGGUUCUUUGGGCAAACAACGUUUCCAGUGCAACCAGAUGCUGAAAAUAGUUUUUCCACUCUCCAAAAGCACAAUGAUUGUAGCUAUAACUUUAGAAAGAAUGAAAACGAUACCAUCAUCACUGAACGAACGGAUGAAGGUUUGGAGAAAGAGCUCCUUCCUCAUUAUAUCUUUAGAGAUGAUUUCCCGAAUUCACUUGCAUUGAAUUACAGUCACUGGUGGAAUAAGAAGGAAAACUGCAUCGAAUUUCGGGUGAGAACAUUUGGACAGAAGCAUUUUUCCAAAGAAACCACAAUUGAUUAUCGAUUAGAUUUAGCAACAAAUCGUUUGAUACAUAUAAAAACAAGUCGGCCAAUGGUCGAUGUAAAAAGUGGCAGUUAUUGUAGAAUCGUGAAUCAAUUGUCGCGUUUGGAACACUUCAAUUAUAUCCAUGUGCUGAUGAAUAGCCCAAAAGAGGCCGUGGUGGAACUGAUGCGAAUGAAUCUAAAAUUCAAGAUUCACUAUUCGAAAGUGCCACGAAAGCAAUACGAUUUAAUUUCAAAUGAAUUUAUCGGGAUGCGUAUCGCCCGCGCACAAAAAAUCGGCACUUUAUGUGGACUAAAUCAUGGUUUGAUUCUGGAAAGCAUAAGCAUUGAUUCUAAUUCAAACACCAAAAUAUUACUCAUCCCCCAUGGAAAUGUUCGAAUCGAAACGAACAAUUUGGAUGUUACUGUAAACAUUGACAUUGGGCCCAGUUUAAGAAAACCGCACUUCUAUCAAUAUCAAGUGGACGAGUUUUGCCAGCAACUGAAAUCUAACAAUAGUAGUCAUGCAUCCUGGUUCUACCUGGCUUAUUUACAUGCAAUCACAUCGCACGGUGAAAUUGAACCGUUUACGGGAAUGUCAGGCACCGAACGAGCACUGCAAAUUUUACAAUCUGCUUUUGCCUGGUCUUCGGCUCCAUACGAACCAGAAGCCAUACAUAUUCUUAAUGAAAUUGCUAAAUUGUCACCAAUCCGAAAGCUCGUCGAUAACAGACAAAUCAUUGAAUGGCCAAACAAUAUUCCGCGCAGUUCAGCUCAGGAUUCGUUUAUUUUUAUCGUCAAAAAAUUGCUUGAGAAUAGUCAACGCCUACAUGGACUGUAUUUCAAGGAUGCAGCACAAACAUUCAAUUCUAAAAUGGAUUUGAAAUUGAAUGAACGAGAAUAUCGACGCUGUUUGCAAUUAAACCCGAAUUUGUGUGUGUCCGAUGCGUUUAUCAAACAAAAAACGUUGACAACCUCGUUACCAACACUGAUUAAAACAUCGUUUUGCACUAACACACAGACUGUGUCCACCUUGUAUCACAGCCGAAAAUACGUCGUACCAGCGAAUCCGAAUUUAAGCACAUUUUUAACUGGCAAAUGUAAGGUUUUGAACGGGCUUGCAAACCGAGAACAUGUUACUUGUCUUCUCAUCCAUAGUAAAUACGAUCCAGUUUCUGAUUGGUGGAUUUCUAUUUACGAUGCUGUCCGUAAUGAAGAACUCAGUCAAACACAGCUUACUUUGAUUUUAACCCUAUUUACCCAUCAGAAAGAGAAAUACGAACCAAUUUUGGCAUUGCAAGCCGUUGCUAUGAACCCAAGUGCGUUUGAAGAUUUAAAUCCACCACCAGUCGAACAAUAUGAACUUUCAGCUGGUACCUAUGAUGCCGGUAAAGUGUCGAAUUUACUGCGAAGCAAAUGUGACAUAAAUCACCACAUGAAGCUAAGAAAAAUUAUUGAAACAUUUGAAAACACUGAAAUGGAGAGUGAGACUCUCGCUGAAGAACUUAUAGAACGGUUAACAGAGAAAGUUACAAAAUGUUGGCCAUGCGAUUCAGUCGUUUUGAGCAAAUCCUGGAAUCGUGGCCAACACGUAUUUGAAUUUGAGUUUGAAGGCGCUAAUGAAGCAAUAAAUAGACUGCUUGUCAUUUGGAAUAAUAAUCGAAAGCUUGAAAUCUUCAUAAAAAAUGUUGAAGAACGCUUAAAAUCACUGCCAACGUUAAACCAUAAGCUACCGUAUUACACGCCAUUUCUGAAAGAUGUGUCUCAAAAUUGGGGAAAAUUCGAAAUGGAUUUCGACAGAGUAGUGCAACCAAAUUUAAGCACAUUUGAAGCGAUAAUCAAUGAAGCACAGCAUUCAUGGGAGAUGAAAAAGGAGUCAUCACGUUCUGCAAAUCAAUGGUGGUAUGUUAUUGACAAUGUUUUCAACUCGAAAAAGACACAACAUCUGAUUGAAGCUGGAAUAUUUCCGAGACUGGUUCCGACUUUCCUUUUACCCAAAAUAAUCGGCACAGAAACAGAUCAUCGAUUGAAAGCUUUAAUUGGCGCUUGGGCCAUAGCAAUAGCGCGUGAGCAACGUGAAAAACGCAUUCAGAUCUAUUCACAACGACCAGAACUAAAGGGUUUGAUGAACAGAGAACGAGAAAAUAAGCCGCAUUCUAAUUGGAAACCAUGUGACCGUCCCGAAUGGCUCAUAUUUGAAAUCGAACAGAAUUUAACAAUACGUCCAAUUCAAAUCGAAAUUGCAAACCGAAUGAUCGAACCACCGAAGAAAGAAGGAGUCAAUGCCAAGCACUCCGUAAUGCAAUUGAAUAUGGGCGAAGGGAAAACUGCCGUUAUUGUACCGAUUUCGGCUGCUGUUUUGGCCGAUGGCACUCAGGCUUGCCAAAUAACCGUUCUAAAAUCACUAUUUGCAACAAAUCUCAAGGCACUACGGCAAUAUCUAGGAGGAAUGUUGAAUCGGCGGAUCUAUACCUUUCCAUGUCGUCGAGACAUGAAAAUCGAACAGCACGUCGAAGCCCUGCUGAACAUUUAUGAGGAAUGCAAAAGGGAAAAAGGAGUCAUUCUCACCCUACCGGAAUAUCGACUAUCAUUUCAACUUAAAAUAUAUGAAUCGAUACAAAAAGGACACAUCAACGUCGCUAAAAGCUUCAUGGAUGUUCAUAAGUGGAUUAAUACAAACGUACGAAACCUUUUGGAUGAAUCCGACGCAAUUUUACAGCCAAAAUAUCAACUGAUUUACACGGUUGGCAAUCAAUUAUCGCCUGACGGCGGGUUUGAAAGAUGGUUUGUGACUCAAGCAAUUUUGAAACGCGUUCCAUUCCAUAUGAAAAAACUAUAUAAAAAGUACGGGAAAUCAAAGAUUGAAUUUGAUGAACAAUAUAUUGAAAAGGGUCACGUUUUUGGAGCGCCAAAAGUUAAUUAUCGAUCAGACGUAUUCAUGCCAUGUCGAAUUCUCGAUGAAACAAUUUUUGAUGAUUUAAAAGCUCGUCUAGUCGAAGACUUCCUUAAGGGUGAACUUCAAGUUGCCUUCUCGGUUGAUCCAUCUAUGAAAAGCGAUUUGGAGGAUGUGCUAAAACAAAAGGAAAUUGAUAAAAAAUCAUUGCUAAUGAUUGGGAACUUUCCGUUGAAGGAGCGUAAUACAAUCAUGAUUCUAAGUGGGCUGUUGCGGUUUGAAGUCUUAAAAUUGGUUCUGACGAAACGCUGGCGUGUUAACUAUGGCGUCGAUAAAACACAAAAAGGAAAACGCAAAAUGGCCAUACCAUUCAAGGCAAAGGAUGUUGCAGCUGAAAUGACCGAAUUCGGACAUCCAGAUGCAGCUAUUUGUUUUACCCAACUAAGCUAUUACUAUUCAGGCCUAGAUGACGACCAAUUGUAUCAAGUGUUUGAAGUGCUCGAAAGCGAACAAGGGUCAUCGGUGAUAUAUGAAAAAUGGAUCCAAAGUAUUCCAUCGGAACUGAGAGACUCAUCAAUUGUAUCAUACACUGGCGUUAAUUUAGAUGACACAAAUCAACGUGAACGCUUACUAUUUCCGUUGCUACGUUUUAACAUGCAUGUUAUCGAUUUUUGGCUUUCGAACGUUGUCUUCCAACAUGAAGCGAAGACAUUUGAGCAAAAGCUUAUGUGUUCGGCUUGGGAUUUGUGCAGUGACCAAUUUGAUCAUUGUGUCACCGGUUUUAGUGGAACCAACGACACGCAACAUAUUCUUCCGUUGCCAAUUGCACAAAAUGAUCUGAAGAAACUCGAAAAUACAAAUGAAAUUAUGCGCGAAAUACUGCUUAAACCAGAAAAUCGAUCAUAUGAGGCGCUGCUGCCAAACGUGAGCGGAAAGAAGAUACUUGAUAAGUUGAUAGAAAAACGAAUUCCAGUUCUUCUAGAUUCGGGAGCUUUGAUGCUCGAGCUGACUAAUGAACAGGUUGCCGUUGAGUGGUUAUCAAAAGCUGAACCAAACUACGAAGCAUCUGUUUAUUUUGACUCGAAUGAUAUUCUACAAACUAUUGAUCGCAAGGGUAUUAAAACUGAAUUCGAUUGUUCUGUUUAUCGUGAGAAUUUAAAGCGUUGCCUGGUGUACUUAGAUGAUGCGCACACUCGUGGCACGGAUUUGAAAUUCCCACCGGAAUGGAAAGCUUGUGUCACUUUAUCUGGAGAUAUGACACGCGAUAAAACUGUUCAAUCGUGCAUGCGAAUGCGUCAAUUGGGAAAAGGUCAAUCCAUUUCAUUUUGGGCAUCAUAUGAAGCUGAUGUUCGCAUACGAGAAACCAGUAGAUUAUCAUCUAAGGAUUGUGUAACAAACGAACAUGUAAUCAAAUUCAUUUGUCGCAAUAGUGAACAAUUUGUGAUCACAAACAUGGUUCACUGGACCGCUUCUUCUGUAAACUACACAAAAAAACUCAUUGGACACAAACUCUUCGAAAAUACAAACGAUAAAGAGUCCAUGGAAAAGCUGUACGAGCUCGUGUGUGACGAUGAGUUUGCAAAACUCAGUGAAAUGUAUGGCGAUAAAAAAGAGUCAAUGCUCACCGAAGUCGCAUGGGCUAAAUACGAUAAACUUGCUACAAAACAUAAACGAAAUAGGCCGAUUCUUUCGGUUGUUCGAGACAUGCAAACGAACGUAGAUGACAAAUUGAACAAACUUGCUCCAAAUGUGAAACAAUUUUCAAAUGCGCUUGAUGAAGAGCAAGAAAAAGAACUAGAGCAAGAGAUAGAGGAGCAACGGUCCGUAGAGCGCCCACCACGACAACUUCCAGCUAAUCCAAACUACAAUCCGAAAUUAAGGGAUUUAAUCCUCAACGGCGUAACUGGUAUUAUUGAUGAUAAUAUGAAAAGCGAAUACACAUUAAUUUCCGUUGGAGCGAGUCUGUCACACACAAAAUUGCCUCAUUUCUGUAGAAACAUUAAAAAUGCUUGGGGUAGCCAUUUGUUUGUUACCAAAGAUUAUCAAACAGUUAUAGGUAGUCCGUCGAAGGCUUGUGAUGAAUUUCUGCGCCCAGUUUGGUGGAUUGCACACAUCAAAAAUCCAUUCGGCAAAAAUAUUUCCGUGCUUCUUAGCUCACACGAAUGCGAUCGUUUGUUGCCAAUUUUUCGAAAAAGUUCAAAAUCAACGCUGAUCAUGUAUCGACCUCGCUUGAGCAAAUUGCACAGUAACUUGGUUCACAAUAAAAGACUUCAAGUGACUAAAAUGAUCAAAAAUAAUACCAUCGACAUUCAAGACGAAGUUCAAUUUGAAUUCUACUCGGGUGCAAUGUACUUUCAAAGUGAUGACGAACAAAAUGCUUACUGCGGAUUUUUGGGUUUGAUCCCAUGUCCAAGAACUCCAGAACAGGAUAGUGCAUUUGAAGAAGGUGUUAUAGAACCGAAAGGAUUUGUGAAACCAAGAAGACGUAAAUACUCUGAAGCAAUUUCUAAUUGUGUUGGCCAAUGCAAGUUCGAAGAAAAUCCAGUUGAUUUAGCGAUAAAAAUUAUCGAAGCCAAUCAUCAAGUGUUACUCAAAGAGUCACACGUGGCUUCAAUAUUUGAACGAGGUGUAAAAGUGCCCAUUGAAAAUGGUAAUUGAUAAUGCAUUUAUAUGCCCAUAAUGACAGGUUGAUUCUUCACAUAGCCAAACUAUUGUGAAAUUCAUAUAAUUCCUGAUCAGACUAGACUAAAUUAUAUACAACAAUUGCAAAAAAAACAUAAACAGCUUUAUGAAAUUCAAACAAUCCAAUGAAAUACUGUUGUCACUUCAUCCUCUUACAUAGAUAUUAGAAAAAUGUUCAGUUAAUUUUGAACAUUUUAAUAUUGUAAUUUCUUACCUUUUUAAUCAAUAAAAAAACAGACAAAAACA